CCUCCCCGGUCCUCUAUGCUCAGUUCGGUGUGUGUAUCCUCUUUCAAAGGGCGCAAGGGUGGGAACAAGUCGUCCAACAAAGCAUGUUACAGCGCAGACAUGACUUGUCCCUCGGAAAGCGAGAAAAUCGUGAUAAACUGCGGGGGGGUGCGGCAUGAGACCUACCGGAGCACCUUGAAGACGCUGCCCGGUACCCGCCUGUCAUGGCUCACCGAACCGGACGCGUUCUGCAACUUCGACUACGACCCCAAAUUGGACGAGUUCUUCUUCGACCGCCACCCGUCAGUCUUCUCCUUCAUCCUCAACUACUACCGCACGGGGAAGUUGCACUGUCCCAACGACGUGUGCGGCCCCCUGUUCGAGGAGGAGCUCGCCUUCUGGGGCAUCGAUGAGACGGACGUGGAAGCGUGUUGCUGGAUGAAUUACCGGCAGCAUCGGGAUGCGGAGGAGGCGCUGGACAGCUUUGAGACUCCGGAACCGGACGCGCCGGACGACGACCCGGCACUGGGCGGUGCGGACGGGGACUUGAAGAGACUGUGCAUGCAGGAGGACGCGAGGAAAGCGGGCUGGUGGAAAACCUGGCAACCCAAGAUCUGGGCGCUCUUUGAGGACCCGUAUUCCUCCAAAUAUGCCCGGUAUGUGGCAUUCGGCUCCCUGUUUUUCAUCCUCCUCUCUAUCUCCACCUUCUGCAUGGAGACACAUGAGGCCUUCAACACCAUCGUCAACAAGACAGAGAACGUCACCGUGGGCAACACGACCCGCGAGGAGAUUGUGUAUGAGGUGGUGACUGACAACUGGCUGACAUACGUGGAAGGCGUGUGCGUCAUUUGGUUCACCAUUGAGGUCCUGCUGCGAGUCACCUUUUGCCCCGACAAGUUAGAAUUCUUCAAAAGCACCCUCAACAUCAUCGACUUUGUUGCCAUCCUGCCCUUCUACCUGGAGGUGGGCCUGAGUGGCCUGUCCUCCAAAGCUGCCAAGGAUGUCCUGGGGUUCCUGCGCGUUGUGCGAUUCGUCCGUAUCCUCCGAAUCUUCAAGCUCACUCGCCACUUUGUGGGCCUCCGUGUGCUUGGCCACACACUUCGUGCCAGCACCAAUGAAUUCCUCCUGCUCAUCAUCUUCUUAGCCCUCGGUGUGCUCAUCUUUGCCACCAUGAUCUACUAUGCUGAGCGAAUCGGGGCAGACCCGGACGACCCAACUGCCAGUGCCCACACCAACUUCAAGAACAUCCCCAUUGGAUUUUGGUGGGCUGUUGUUACCAUGACCACGCUGGGCUAUGGAGAUAUGUAUCCAGAGACGUGGUCAGGGAUGCUGGUGGGUGCACUCUGUGCCUUGGCUGGUGUGCUGACCAUUGCCAUGCCCGUACCUGUCAUUGUCAACAACUUUGGCAUGUACUAUUCUCUGGCGAUGGCGAAACAAAAGCUGCCCAAAAAGAAGAACAAACAUAUCCCCCGAGCACCCCAACCAGGCUCUCCCAACUACUGCAAGCCAGAUGCCCUCGCAAUGGCUACUGCCUCACCUCAAAGGAUCUUGGGAAAUGUCCUAGGUGGAGUGAUGGGUUCUGGAGGCAUAGGGGGCGACUGUCCUCUGGCCCAAGAAGAAAUUAUAGAGAUUAACAGAGAUUCCAAGCAGAACGGCGAUGCAGCUUCAGCCGCCCUGGCUAAUGAGGACUGCCCCACCAUCGAUCAGGUACUGAGCCCCGACGAGAGGAGCCCUCUUGGACGCGGGCCCACCCGCGAGCGCUACCAGCAGGACCGCGCCUGCUUCCUACUCAACACUAGGGAAUUCCGUGCUACGGAUGGGAAUGUGCGGAAAGUAGAGGCAGCCGCCCUGGCACCCAGCCCAGACUCCCCUCUGACUGAGGAUUGGUAUAAGAUGGAAGGGUCUCUGUUACAGCAGGACCUCAAUGCAAACUCCACCUCCUCCUGGAUCAAACCAUAGGCCAGAGUGUUAAGUUUCUAGCAUUCGCCUUCUCUAUAAUGAGGAGUCUCAGUAACCAGUAAACACAAAUUUGCGGCGGGAGCCACGUAAGCGGCGUAUGUGACACGGACGAACAGUUGAAAGGAGAUCUUUUGGGGGUGACAAGAGAGAGAGACCAGAGGUUAAUCAUGAAUUUAAAAAUCACAUGGUCUGCUCCUCACAUUGUUACCAAAGCAGCCUCUUGGAACUCUUUUGGAACCUUUUUAUUUUGUUUUGUUGUUUUGUUUUUUCCUCCUUUUUUCUUUUUUUUUGGGAAACAAAUGACUGAGCAUUGCACUGACACACUUUGGGAGAGAACAGGACUCCUGGUUAAACAUUCCAGAUGACGUCUCAUUAUUCUCACCACCUUAUAUGAAGACCAACUCGGCGCCGCCUGCAGUGCUGAGCAACUGUCUGACAAAAAACACACCCAUCUUCACAAAGAACUGAAUGAACAAUGUAGCAUCUCUGCUAACAUCUUGUAGCAUUUGUUGGCUGGGAAAUAACUUGACUUAGUCUGACAUCGUCUGUUCAAAGACAGAGGAAUUUAUGCAUACAGGGGAUCUUUUAGAUGUCAUUUUCCUCUUAGGUUCCUUUCCAGGGAAGAAAAAAAAACAAAGGUUGAAAGUACGUGAGAGACAAAGGAUUGGUCUUAGUCGUCAACACUUGACAUUCCAAAAAAAGAGAAACGAAAAAAGAAGAAGCGCGAUGCAAACGGUGCAUCUGAAAUCAAUCACAAAUGCACAGCACCAUGCUACAGUUCCUUAUCCAUGUCGAGCAGAUGUACAGCGCAUUUUACCACUGAAACUAUGUCUUCCAUUCACUUUCUCUCAGACUGAAACACUGCCCUUCUCACACCAAACGAGAUAAUCAACAACAACAACAACAACACGCGAAGCACAUGUAGCAUCAGCUCCAACAAAUCAUGUACGACAUCACUGGACAUUGACACUGACCUGGCAGGAACGUGGUGGCAAAAGACUGAUCUUUAUCUCUCAUGUACUGACAUGGCUCCGCCCCAUCAAUCCACCAAAGGUCCUGUAGCGUGACCUUGCUCGUUGACCUGUAACGUAUUGUAGUUCAAGAGAAAGGACGAGGUUUGUACUCACCCUCGUUCUGGCCACCGUUUGGCACAAAGUCAUUCCUUUAAAAGUAGUUACUGCCACUAGCAUCCCAUGCCUAUAAUGCACAAAACGACAGACUCAAGGAGACAGAAGUCCUAAUGAACAAUAUUCAAGCUUUAUUGAAUAUCACUGGAUAUUGGCCUGGUCUAAAUUAUGAAAAGGACCCCCCCCACCCCCAUACUAUGAAGGCACUUUUUAGGUCACAUAAAACUUGUCAUUAGUAGGAAACUAUGUGCUAUCUGUCAUUAUGAAAGGGACCAAUCAAAUAAUUGCACCACCCGCCCCAACUCAAAGCCCAACACUGCCAAUUAGGCACAAAAUACCCCAGAUGUAUACUGCCCCCAGCUCUCUCUUGUCCCUCUUGCUGCCAACGACUGCCUCACUGGCGAGUCAAUGUCAAGAUAAGGAUGUCCCAUCAGGGGAGAGCGAGACCAAGUGGACCAUGACGAGAACAAGUGUGAAAGUGUACAGAGAGAACAAAUCUAUAUUUUGAUAAACAAAUCUACUAUCCAUGGCUUUGGAGGACGUUUCUGAGCAGAAAAGAUCCAAGAAUGGAAACGGAAGGGGGAAAAAAUAUUGGAUGCAAAUGAUGGGGGGAAAAAAAAAAGGAGAUUUUGGCAUCACAAGGUGAACGGAGUCAAAGUCCUGGAGAAGGAUGUUUUGUCACGAGGGGAGGGCACAGGUGCUUUUCCCACAAGCACCAGGGGAAUGAAGGAGAGACGAUGACAGACUCUGGGGAGGACAGAAGGACAGGAGGACAGGAGGACGGACGCUGAGAUGAACAAAUGGAGAGAGUAAAAAAAAAAAAGAUAAUGCAUUUUUGUAACUUUGUUUACCAGCAUGACUUCUUUGCAUGACUGUCUUUUCUGCAAGCCCUUAGUUGAAGACAAGGGUGCUAGAGAUACAAAAAAAAGUAUAUAUAAAAUGAAUUUAAAAAAAAUCAUAUGCAAUUAAUGUUUUAAAAAAGAUUAUAAUGACAGAGAAGAGCUAUAUUUUGUUUUGAAAAGUAAAAAAAAAUGUGAAUAUUGAAACCUGUAUGUUUGCAAAGUACACCCUGAACUCUGUUUAGUUUGAUGAAAUGUCUCCCUCUACUACUACUGCCCUAUAUGUUCCUCAUUCCUAUUGUUUCACCAUGUUAUGCACUGAGCAGUAUAUUUUCUAACCGUUCAGUCAGACAGCCGAUCAUUUCAGACUUUGCCAAAACGUGCAUUUGUGCAAAGAUUGUCACGAAAGUUAUUUUUUAUGUUUCUUCCUUGGUUCAUUUGCACAACGAUACCGAAGCAGCAGCAGCAGCAGCAGCAGCAGCAGCAGUGUUACAACUCCAGCUCCACGCAACACAACUCAUAGUUUGCUUUUCUUUUCCUUUGGCAAUAAUACAAGACCUGUCACAUGAUUGUAGCAGGGCACAUUAUAUGGAGCCUUAAGAGCAUCUUCAACACCUCAAUGUUGAAAUGAUCCAGAAAGGCCUUGGAUGUGCCCGUGGUAGGAUUUUGCUGGGAAAGGCAGUUCUGGUCCUCGAGUGCAACUGCAGAGGGCUGUUUCACACGCGCAGGAUUAACAAAGCUAGGAUUACUGUGAAGCAGCCUUGUUCUCUUCAAAUCAGAUCAAGUCCGAUACGUUGGCAACUUAUAUUUGUUCUUUGAAGAGAAUAACCGAUAAGACAACAGGAUUAUUUAAGACUGGUUGUUAUCCUGGUUAUCCACAAUACAUCUCCAUGGCAACGUAUGCGUCGUAGAGAUCACUGCCUCCGAGAGGAGUGGAGGCCCAUUUAAGACAGGAUAACUGGAAAACCCACCUUCCGUGAGGCGUGAACAGAUGUAGCUCAAAAUGCCAGACCAGUGGUUCAGAUUCAGUGUGAUAAUAGCGUCUAAUUGCUUUUUUUUUUUUUUGUCUCCUAAAAUGGAAGCAACAGCCGUCAUAUUGGACGCAUACAAAAGCCGCUAGACGCCGGUUCUCUCUUCGCCGCCGCGGUAAACUGGCCUGUAGCGCAACCCAAGGGUGGGAAGUGUGUGAUUGGUUCCCUUUUAUCAUUUAUAAUCACUGGCAGACUCAACUACCGUGGAGCAGGUUUUGUGAAACAGCCCUCAGGUUCUCCAGCGUACUACACUGUAUUGGCCAACAGAGAUUUCAGGUUUGCAUGGAACCAACUGCCUUUCCAAAGUUUUUGUCUCGUUCAAAGGACUCAGGCAUGAUGUUGGCGUGUGUGUGUGUGUGUGUGUGUGUGCGUCUGGACGUAGGUGUUUUGCUAUUUUUGUUUCUUAACAUAUUCUAGUAUAUAGGCAACGAUAAUGUGAACACCUCACAGUGAUGUGUAAAAAAACGCAUGCAUUAUAACAUUAUGAUAAUAUCCGGAGGGGGACGUAUCCCCACAGUCUUGACAUGUCCCCUUUAGCCUCCUACUAUUGUUUGUCAUGAGCCUAGUCCUGAUAACUAUGAGCACUGUGCCGUGUCGUAGAGCAGAAACGUCUUCCUCUCAGAGACAACUGGAAACUACUCGCACACUCACAGUGUCGGCAUGAGUGUGUCAAAGUAGCUCGCCUUUCUUUUCCUCGAUGGCACCCGUCAUUAACCAUGGAACUACCGACCUACCGUCAUCCCGCUGGCUGUAGUCGACCGCUCUCGAACCACACGCAGCAGUCACGUGGGCACCAAUCAAAGAGACCCAGAGCUUCCAAAACAACGUCAGUAAGGUCCUUUUUUUUUUCUUUUUUUUUAAGCCUCGUGAGAAAAGGGAGAACGCGAGCGACAACCAGUGUCCACCAAGGAGUGAGCGAUGAAAUUAGAAGUCUCAUUGUGUGAGUCAUCCUUGGUUUGGUUUUAUAAAGUGAGUUUCAGCUGGAGUUCCUGCUGGUUCAGGGCUCAGCUCAGGCAGCUAAAUGGUCCACAGUUGCAGUUGGAGGCUCACUGGUAUAUGAGGCUCAACAGUGUAAUGUAGACAACAGAGACUUCCCAAGACUCGUGUUGGCUCUACAGUGGUUUUACAGGGUCUUGCUUCUGUCUGGUGGCAAAUACAAAUCAUCCAUUGGGGUUUUCAUUUUGUUCAUUUUGUUGCCCCCCACUUUAUUUUUUAAAAGAAACGUACAAUUUAGUUCCCUUAUUUUGAAAAAAAAAAUGGCUUUAAGAGAUGUUAUUGGAUAUUUUCGAGCUCAAACAGUUUGUGCUCUGCCCUGCUGUUUGUGUUUUUACUGCCAAGUCCAAGUGUCUUUUACUUUUCUUCGCCACUGUUGGGUUUUGUUGUUUCUUCAUUCUCUGCAUUGUGGCUGCUCUGCUUAUGUCAGGCUAACGAAAACAACAACACGAGAAAGAAAGAAAGAAAGAAAGAAAGAA